CUCUCUCCGUCUCCACCACCCCCGCCACCUCCGUAUAUAAUGGCCAGCAGACGCGGAAGCACGAGCGUAAUCCUCCCCUCAGGACAAACACUCCCGUCCUACACCAGGUCCAGCGAAGAUGACGAUGGCCUGCCUCACGCUACCAAGAAGAAGAUGGCGGACCACCUCCGCAAGUACGAGGCUUUGUUCACCCUGACGCCGCAGCGCAUGCGCAUCGUCGUCGAGGCAUUCAAGGAGUCGCUCGAGCUCGGUCUUGCUAAGCAUGGCCAGGUUGUGCCUAUGAUACCUACCUACGUCUUCGGUUGGCCUACGGGACAGGAGACGGGCAGUUAUCUUGCGGUUGAUCUCGGUGGAACCAAUCUCCGAGUAUGCUUGGUGACGCUUCAGGGCGAUGGCAAAUUCGAGAUCACGCAGUCGAAAUACCGAUUGACCGAGGAGCAGAAGCAGGAAGACGGUCAAAUCCUCUUCGACUUCUGCGCGGAGUGUCUGAAGGCCUUCAUCGACUCCAACAUCGAGUCAGGAGUGAUCGAAAAGGAUCAGGUUCUUCCUCUCGGGUUCACAUUCUCCUACCCUUGCGCACAAGAACGCAUCGACCAUGGUGUACUCAUCCGGUGGACGAAGGGCUUCGGCUCACCGAACACCGAGGGUCACGACGUCGUCGCCAUGUUCCGCAAGUCUCUCGCGAAACAUUCCGUACCGGCCGAGGUUGUCGCCUUGACUUGUGAUACCACGGGCACCCUGAUUGCGUCGCACUACGUGAACCCGAAGACGCGCAUUGCGUGUAUCUUCGGCACGGGCUGCAAUGCCGCGUACAUGGAGCGCGCCGGCGAUAUACCCAAGAUUCAGGAGCUCGGCAUUGACCCCAAUGCGGAGAUCGCGAUCAACUGUGAAUGGGGCGCGUUCGACUCGUUCGAGCACGAGAACUUGCCGCGGACGAAGUACGACAUUAUCAUCGACGAAACCUCAAACAAGCCUGGCGAGCAGGCGUUCGAGAAACUCAUCUCUGGUCGAUAUUUGGGCGAAAUCCUUCGCCUGAUCAUCUGCGAGCUGAUCGACGAGGGUGUGCUGUUCCUCGGCCAGAACACCUACAAGGUGGAAAUUGCGUACUCAUUCGACACCGCAUUCCUCUCGCUCAUGGAGAGCGACCCGACCGACGAGCUGCUCAUGAUCAUCGGCAUCUUCUCCCACUUCUUCGCCCUGGAGACGACGCUUGCGGAACGCCAAUUCUUCCGCGCACUAGCAAAGCUCGUUGCGCGCCGCGCCGCGCGUCUGUCGGCGUGCGGUAUCGCUGCGAUCGUCAGCAAGAUGAACUAUCUCGAGGACGGCUGCGCGGUAGGCGCAGACGGGUCUUUGUACAACAAGUACCCUGGGUUCGCGGAGCGGAUACACGAGGGUUUGCAAGAUAUUUUCGGCGAGAAGGGAAAGACCAUCGUCACGUACCACGCUGAGGAUGGCAGCGGCAUCGGAAGCGCUAUCGUGGCGGCGAUGACGAAGGCGCGGCGCGAUGCCGGCCUUUACCCCACGCUAUAAAGCCGAUUCGAGAUGCGGGUGAAGAGGAAAACGAGAAGCUACGACGCAAACAAUAUCCCGUGUAUACGUAUGAACCCCGCGUCACUUACCAUUCCACUACAGUGCGUCCUGUGUAUUGCCUAGCGCCUUAUGAUUAGAAGGACAUUGUUUGUCUCAAC